UCGUCGCCAUCGACUACAGCGGAUGACAGCUCUGAAUACGCUUCGUUUCAUGGCUCGCGUUUGGUCGCGCGCGCGUCGGCAGCGCCGCCUCAGUGAAACUUCGGCCGCAGUCGCGAGUGUUUCGGCGGUACUCGGCACCGAUCGAGAUGGUUAGGAUGCGCGAUUAGAUGCGAGAUUCAAGUGCAAAAGGAACAUCCCCGUGGACGGUAACUCUGCGUAUGCGCGCGCGCGCACGUGUGCCCGCUAACUCCGAUCUGUUUUUAUGUAUUUGUGCGCGUCGGUACGUCCUACGUCCCGCGUGACCUGCGUUCGUUCGCCGCGGCAGUGUGCAUGCGCGCAUGCAUGCAUGUAUGGUGAACUGUACUCCUCGCUGACGAAAAGAGCGACGAGUUGCUGCUGUGUUGUUGCUGCUAUGCGUCUCCGCGACGGCUGGUGGCUCGCCGCGACAAUGUCGCGAAAAUAAUCACGCCACCGGUCCCGCGAGUGUUUCUCACUCUCUUUCGCUCUCCCUCUCUACGCGGACACGGAGAGGUGGUGGCCGUCGGACACGCUGCUCGAAUCUAUUUCUCUGUCACGCUUCCUCGUCAUUCAUUCCUCUCUGUCUUUUUCUCUCUUUUUCUUUCUCUCUUGCGCCCUCUUUCCUUUACGCAUACGCACACCCGUGUUCUCUCUCUCUCUCUCUCUCUCUCUCUCUCUCUCUCUCUCUCUCUCUCUCUCUCGCUCCCUGUCACUCUUCGUGCCGGGACGACGUUUAUACCGUUCGUCACAGAGAGGCGGAAAGGAAAACGUGAUCGGGGUGUCCCCGGUGGAAUUCAUGGUGAGAGACAAGUGAAGUGAACGGUGUCCGCGGAGUGUAAAAGUACGUGCAGACGCCGGCAACGACGACCGCAACGGCGACGACGAGGAAGACGAGCAAGGGGGAGUCGCGGUGGCGAGAAGCGAUCCGCCGAAGGGACAGCCUCGCUUGCAGCUGGGCGCUGGGGGAGGGGUGGGGUGGACGGCGGGAGACGGAACAACUGACGGAAAACGAGAACGGGUGGAAAGAUGCCGGGCCUGAUCGCCGUGAGCGAGUUCGUCGAGGAGACGAGGGAGGACUACAACUCGCCCACCACGUCCACUUUCGUCUCACGAAUGCCACAGUGCAGGCAGACUAUCACAUCCCUCGAGGAGACCUUGGACUUCGAUAGGGAUGGUCUCACAAAGCUCAAGAAGGCUAUCAAGGCUAUCCACAACUCCGGAAACGCUCAUGUGGAUAACGAGGUGUACUUAGGAAGAGCGUUGGAGAGACUCGGCGACGCCGCGCUAAAAGAACAAGAACCGGACAUAGGCGCGGCGUUUCUCAAAUUCGCGGUGGUCACGAAAGAAUUGAGUGCCCUCAUGAAAACCCUGAUGCAAAACAUCAACAACAUUGUGAUGUUUCCGUUGGAUUCGGUUUUGAAGGGUGAUCUGAGGGGCGUGAAGGGGGACCUAAAGAGGCCCUUCGAGAAAGCCUGGAAAGACUAUGAGGCUAAGUACGCGAAAAUCGAAAAAGAAAAGAAGCAGCAUGCGAAGGAAGCCGGUUUGAUUCGUACAGAGGUCACACCCGCCGAAAUUGCAGAUGAAAUGGAGAAGGAAAGACGAUUGUUUCAAUUACAAAUGUGCGAGUAUCUGAUCAAAGUGAAUGAGAUUAAAACGAAGAAGGGUAUCGAACUGUUGCAGCAUCUAGUCGAAUAUUAUCACGCGCAAACAAAUUAUUUCCAGGAUGGCUUGAAGACUAUUGAGCAUUUCGGUUCGUACGUAGCCGACUUGAGCGUAAAGUUACAAAAAAUCAGACAGACACAGGAUGAAGAACGAAGACGAUUAACGGAACUUAGGAGUCUUCUUAGAAGCUCCGGAUGUGACAAAGAGCUAAACGCAAAUGCAAACGUGGGUUACUCGCUGCAUCAGCUGCAGGGCGACAAGCAACACGGCGUCACGCGUUCUGGCCACCUGCUGAAGAAGAGCGAAGGCAAGAUGAGGCGAGUCUGGCAAAAGAGGCGAUGCGCUGUGCAGGCGGAAGGUUACCUUGAUAUCUGCCAUGCGGACGAGAAUAAACCGCCCACCAGAGUGAACCUAUUGACCUGCCAGAUUAAGUUAGUACCGGACGACAAGCGAGGCUUCGAUCUUAUAAGUUACAAUAGGACAUAUCACUUUCAAGCGGAGGACGAGGCAGACCAACGUGCGUGGAUGUCAGUUCUCGUGAAUUGCAAGGAACGCGCCUUGUUGCGAGCGUUUGAUGCGAGUGGCAAGGCGGAGGCCGGCAGCGGCAAUCCUAGUCUCGUAGAGCUGCAGCAGGCUGUUAUACGAUGCGUUAUGCGAUUACCCGGAAACGAUCAGUGCUGUGAUUGCUCCUCGCAGAACGAUGCCACGUGGCUGUCGACGAACUUCGGCAUAAUAGUAUGCAUAGAGUGCAGCGGCAUCCAUCGAGACUUGGGCGUGCAUAUAUCGCGGAUACAAUCCCUGACGUUGGAUAACGUCGGUACCGCUCAGCUGUUGCUUGCGCGGCACAUGACGAAUCAGGCGUUCAAUGAGGUGAUGGAGGCGACGUUGCGUCACAAUCUCAAGCCGUCGCCGACGUCGACAAUGGAGGAGAGAUACGAGUUCAUACGCGCCAAGUACGUGGACAAGAGAUACGUGAUGAACACAUGUGCGGAUGAGCGUGAUCUACUUUCCGAUUUAGAACACGCCGUUAAUAACCGCGAUCUGCAGCAACUUCUGCAGGUUUACGCCGAAAACGUUGAUCUGGCUGCGCCAUUGCCAACAUCGGAUGUAGGCGAAACCGCGUUACACUUAGCCAUUCUGCGCGAAAUGGGUAGCAGUCUGCACAUCGUGGAUUUCCUGGUGCAAAAUAUGCCGAGCGGCGGUAUUGACAGAAUAACCAUCGACGGAGAAACGGCACUGCAUCUUUCCGCGCGACACGACAGAGCGGAAGCGAUGAAGUUGCUUCUACGAGCUGGCGCGGAUCCCUCGCAGCGAAAUAAGCAGGACAAGACACCAUUGGAUAUUGCACAGGAAAUGGGACAUCAUACGUGCAAAGAACUGCUCAGUCAUGCUCUCCAGAGACAGAAAACAUUAUUUGAUAACGUUAAUAUUGACUGGAAUCUUUCUCAUGAUGAGGGUUCUACGGACUUCUCUGAUGAUGAAACGAUAAUAGAAGACAGAAAUGGAUGUUUGACGCCUGAGAAAAAAUCACGUAGUAGACCGCCGUCAUAUGCCGGAGGUGGCGGUACGGGAUCGGGUGACUCGCCAGUGACAUUGCGCAGUCGAAGCAGUACUUGUGACAGUCUCCAGAGUGGAUCUUCUCCGAGCGCCUCGACGAACCGUCAGCAAAUGCCUCCGCCGCCACCGCCGCAGGCGAGAAAACCCGUAGUUGUACCCACUCCCAUGGCACCGGACAUUUCAUUAAACAUCCACGGCUCGCUGAAGAAGCGGGUUGCGCCGCCGCCGCCGCCGGGUGGAAACUCCGUCGCGAGUGGCCUGCCAUCAUCGCACUACGGUACGCUACCUUCGUCGGCCACGUUGGCUACGUCGACGCACAGUCGUACGACCAGCGAGCCGAUUUUAGCUGGCCACACUUUACACACUCUACCGCAUACGUUGAAUACACUAAAUAGCCAACAUCAUAAGAGAUCACCGAGCGGCGAUUCGUCGACCGGACACGGUAUGGACAAGACGAACAGCUCGACACUACAGAGACCGCGAAAUCCACCGCCUCCAGCUCCAUCCAGUAUAACGACUAGGCUAAGCAAUGGACGCAGCAGCGAAUCCCUGAGUUCGAUGUGUUCAGAUCAUGGUCUGGGCAAUCCUAUUCCUCCACCGCGAAAACGAAGGGACCGGUCCAGGCUAGAGAGCUACGCCGAAGAGCCUUCAUCUUUGCUCCCAAAUCUGAAUCUGCCAACGUCGUCGACUUUGAGUGGCCUGCGACGCUGUCGGGCCCUGUACGAUUGCGAGGCUGACAACGAAGACGAACUGUCGUUCCGCGAGGGUGAGGUCAUUAUUGUGACAAACGAGCAGACCGAUGAUGACAACUGGAUGGAAGGCGCGUUAGAACGGGCGCCAGAACGGCGAGGCAUGUUUCCGAUUAGUUUCGUACACAUGCUACAGGAUUAACAUUCGGUAAGCCUGAACUCGUUAGCGAGCGUCACUAGCACUGCCAGUUCGAUGAGCAUCGUCAGUCUCGGCCGUAGAAACUGGCUCAGGAAACCGAAAGAAUAAAGCGUUCAAGCCAUCUUUCAGCCGUCUCUUCAGAGUUGAAACAUAUGAGUAUCCAAAGGAAGAAACUUUGGAUGAGUGUCGUUAUCAAGUAAAGAAUUUAAUCCGCAUCUUGAGUCUCUUAUUUUUCUCUAAGAAAGUUAAUAUUUAUAAGAUGAAAAGUGCAUCAACACAAGCAAUUUUACAAUUAUGAAUGGAGUAAAUCAAAUAUAGUAGCGGCAUAAAUCAUUUCCUCUGAUUUCAAAAGCAUAAAUUUAUGUAUUUACUCUGAGAAAAUAGAUUCUUAUUUUUUUUUAUGGAGAAAAAUUUAUUUAUCUAUAUAAAAUGCUUUGUCACGUCCCGGAUGUGAAUCGAGAGCGCAUUGCUUUCCAUGGGUUGGAGGCUACGAGAGACUCAAUGCAACGGAAUGGAGGAGAAGCAAAGAAGAAAAAGAGAAAAG